AUGCAGGAAGGAACAACAUCAGCCAUGGCCGGUCCUGUAAUAAGAAGUUGGUGGAACUCCUAUCAAUUGGACAAAUCUGACACCAAUGAGUCAAAUAAAGAGGAGGACAAGGAGGAUGAAGCAGAGAAAAAGCAAUUAUCCAUUAGUCAGACACUGCGAACCAGGCAGCUGCGUGUAGAGUUUGAUGGUGGACGCCCAGUUUUUAGUCUUCGAGCACCACUGGACCUGGUUCAAUUCCCAUCUAUCUCCUGCGCGCGUUGGCCAGUAGAGUGUGAGGUCAUCAGUAAUGCAAUCCAUCACAUAGAGUGGGAGCCUCCAAACCAUGAACCUUUCUACCAACCAAGUGGUAUUGAGAAGACACCCAUUUCAACUGGGGAGGAGAGGAGACAAGUUGUCUAUUGCAUUGACCGGGCUGACAAGUGUCCCUACUUCACAUGCUCUCGUGUCGGAGGUUCUCGGGUGUCUGUGAAUAGCACCUCCUCCUCUUUUAACGAAGCCAGGCAGCCAAACCUCUCGCUUGAGUUUGAAUCACGAUUUGAGAGUGGAAACCUUCAGAAGGCUGUGCAAGUGGGUCCCUAUGAGUAUGAACUCACCCUGCGCACAGAUUUAUACACCAGCAAGCACACGCAGUGGUUUUACUUCAGAGUCCGGAACAUGAAGCCUGGGGUGGACUACCGUCUUACUAUAGUCAACUUGAUGAAGCGCCGCAGCCUCUACUCCCAGGGCAUGAAGCCUCUGCUCUACUCUGAGAGAUCCGCUACGGAGAACGCUGUUGGAUGGAUACGAACUGGCUCCAACAUCAUAUACUACCGCAGUCAGAAUGCAAAGGAUCCCAAUGAGUCAAGGACCCUGUACUCACUCACAUGGACUCUUCAGUUCCCGUAUGAAUCUGACACCUGCUACCUCGCCCAUUGCUAUCCCUAUACCUAUUCACACCUCCAGCGCUAUCUCAGGCACAUUUCAUCCAACCCAGCAGUGGUGUCAUACUGCAAAGUACGAGUCCUGUGUCACAGUCUAGCUGGAAACGCAGUCUAUGUGCUAACAGUAACGUCACGGGCUGGCGAAAAAGAAGAAGAGGGAAAAAUCAAAAGAGCUGUGGUGGUAACUGCCAGAGUACACCCAGGAGAAACCAAUGCAUCCUGGUUGAUGGAGGGAUUUCUGGACUUUCUGCUGGGGAACUCGGAUGAUGCGCAACUUCUCCGAGACACUUUUGUUUUUAAGGUGGUGCCAAUGCUGAAUCCAGACGGUGUGGUGGUUGGCAAUUAUCGCUGCUCUUUGGUAGGCAGGGACCUCAACAGGAAUUAUAAUAGUACGCUCAGGGAUUCCUUUCCAUGUGUGUGGCACACCCGGAACAUGGUGGAAAAACUGUUGAAGCAGACAGAUGUAGUUCUCUACUGUGACUUCCAUGGCCACAACCGUAAAAACAACGUCUUCAUGUACGGUUGUAACAACAGAGAUGAUGAUUAUCCGAAGCUUCGAGAGCGUGUUUUCCCUCUGAUGCUGAGCAAGAAUGUCAAAGACCAGUUCGCCUUCAAUAGCUGUAAAUUCCAGGUUCAGAAAACCAAAGAGGGAACCGGGCGAGUGGCCAUGUGGCGACUUGGCAUCAAAAACAGCUACACCAUGGAGGCCACUUUUGGGGGUUCCACACUGGGUGAGCGGAAGGGAACACAUUUCACCACUCAAGACCUCAAGUCUCUGGGCUAUUAUGUUUUAGACACCUUACUUGACUUUUGUGAUCCAGAUCCGACAAAGGUGACUUAUUGUACAAAAGAACUGACAGCUCUAUUGAGAGAGGGAGUCAGAAAACUGGGCAAAGAAUUGGACACUGACUUCUCUGUCUACGAUUUGGAAUCUGGCACCAGUGGUUCCAAUAGCUCAGAUUCUGAUGGACUUCCAUUACAUUUGCUCACACAGUCACAAGCUGCACACGCAGAGCAAUCUUCUGUUAAGAACAAGAAGAAGAUGACUCGCAAACAAAGAGACAGGCUGAAAAAUAGGAUCCAACCUGAAGUUCUGCAAAGCAUCACACAACAUAUUGAGCCUGACUUUGACAUUGAGAAUGCACAAAAAGAGCGCUUCCUAGAAAGACCACCUAAAAGACACAGGAGAAAAUGGCAGGUAAAACUUCCUGGCCGGAAAAGUGUGAUCCAUGCAGAAAAUACUGAUUAUCUGGGGAUCAGUCAUGUAACCCUUUGGCAAGGCUUUGAACCUAUCCAGAGUACUUCUCGAGAAGAUAGGAUGGUAGAAAAAGACACGCAUCGCAAGAAGAGAGCUAGCUCAAACAUCACGCCGUAUGCAGACAUUUCAAAUGGAAAAGAGGAACAACAGAAAGACAACGCACAGUGGAAAUCAAAGCUACUGCACUUCAGUGCUCUACUUCGCCGCCCUCCAAGAUUCUUGUACCCAGUCCAGCAACAGACGCAGCAGCUUCAUCAUCAUCAGUAUCAUCAACAUCUUCAGAAACAUCAUUAUCAACAGCAGCAACAUUACCAACAUUAUCAUCAUCAGCUGCAGCGGGAGUUACAGCUGGAGGAGGAGCCACAGCAUCAGGGGGAGGAGCCACAGCAGCAGCAGGAUUAUUACCAUUAUCACCAUCAUAGUCAUCAUCAUUAUCCUCACGAGGAAUUCCAUAAUCACCAUCAUCACCAUCAUCAUCAUCAUCAGUAUCCUCAACAUCAUCUUCACCAUCAUCGUCAUCAUGAAAUGCAGAAACAGCAGCAUUGCUUCUCUGGACUAUCACCCGUCAAUGCAUCAUCUCACAGUCGCCAUCGUACCAUGAUUGACCUGGUUCCCACAAGGCACCUGCCGCCAAGCCUCAGCGAUGAGAAUAAUUAUUGUAGAGAUGGAAAUCCCUCAAUGACGCCAAAUCGUUACUAUGUCGAACAGGAUAUGCCCACUGCACUUGAACACAUAUCUAGCAACAAAUGGCAAGCUCUGAGAGAUGAAGACGACCUUGCAGUUGGAUUGCUGAAACAUCUACCAUUUCGAGAGAUGAACCGUCGAGCGCUCAUGACCGAAAUCAGUCAGAGAAAGACUGUUUCCCACCCAAAUUUGAUAAUGCCUGUACUACGGUACACAGACCUGCGAGGACACAGACUGAGCAAUGCGACUUUAGAAGACAGAAGACCAAAGAGCGUUUUACCCUCUGUAGCAAAGCCAUCGACAUCCACAGAAUGGCACCAUAGGUGAGGCUGAAGAUCACAGUCCCCAGUAACUCAGGAAGAGUAGGUCACAAAUGGCCUGUGGUACUGCUCCAGAGAGGCCAUCCGAGUCUGCUGCACUUUACAGUACGAUGUUGGGAUUACAGACAUUCUGGCCAAUCAAUGGAACAUAUUUGUAAAGGAACAUGUAAAGGAACAUGUGAAAGCAUCUAGUGAACAUGAUCUCUCUGAUGCUAAUGUCAUUUUAUAUGGUGUGUUUUAACCUAUGCUAACAUAGC